UUUAAUUAAAGCUAAAGCCACCGCCUUCCCGCUACAGCCAAAACCUAUGCCACAAAUCCCAAACUCAACACUCCUCCAUUUCCCCACACCGAUUCACAAAAUAAAAUUAAAAAAAUCAAAUAGAGUGUACAUGGGGAGCUCGAUCGCAGAAGCGCACAACGUCCGCGUGCUGGGCGCCGGCGACACCGUCGUGGUCUUAGGGCACGGGUUCGGCACGGACCAGUCGGUGUGGAAGCACCUGAUCCCGCACCUGGUGGACUGCUACAAGGUGAUCGUGUACGACCACAUGGGCGCCGGCACCACCAACCCCGAUUACUUCGACUUCGACCGCUACUCCACCCUCGAGGGCUUCGCGUACGACCUCCUCGCUAUCUUGGAGGAGUUCCGCGUCCACAAAUGCAUCUACGUCGGCCACUCCCUCUCCUCCAUGGCCGGCGCGCUCGCUUCCAUUUUCCGCCCCGAUCUCUUCCACAAGCUCAUCAUGCUCUCCGCCUCCCCAAGGUUCUUGAACACGGGGGACUACUUCGGGGGGUUCGAGCAGGAGGACAUCGACGAGCUGUGCGGCGCGAUGGAGUCAAACUACAAGUCGUGGGUGUCGGGGUUCGCGCCCCUGGUGGUGGGGGGCGACAUGGAUUCGGUGGCGGUGCAGGAGUUCAGCCGGACGCUGUUCAACAUGCGGCCGGAUAUAGCGCUGAGCAUGUUCAGGAUGAUAUUUACGUUCGACCUGAGGCACUUCCUCGGGUGCGUGACUGUGCCGUGCCACAUCAUCCAGAGCUCCAAGGACUUGGCCGUGCCGGUCGCGGUGGCAGAGUAUCUCCACCAGAACCUCGGCGGGAAGUCCAUCGUCGAGGUGGUCCCCACGGAGGGCCAUCUGCCGCAGCUCAGCUCACCGGAGCUCACCAUCCCGGUGCUGCUGCGCCAUAUACAACAUGAUAUUGUAGAUGGUGAUUGCUGAGCCGGCGAUCGAGAGAUUAUUUAUGUUUUUGUUUCUCUAUGAAAUUGUUGAUGAUAAGAAAAAUAAAUGUUUGUGACAUUUCAUGCUUUGUUUGGUUUCUUGUUUCCAUGUUUGCCUAGUGGUUGGAUCUUGGAUAA